AUGGCAAAUCGAAGGCCCGCUCUUACUCUGCCUCUCCCGGAUCGGGAACCAUACGAAUCUCAACGAUCCGAGUCUUCGCUUCAAAGCCCAUCAAUACGCAGCCCGCGGUUUCGUGAAGACUUCGAUGCACCAUUCUCAUUGAAUAUCAUGAACGCUUCCAGAACAACACUAGCAACCGAUACUAUGAGUUAUCCAUCACCUGUCACGACCAGCCGCAACAGUUUUGGAAAUGAUGGUGAACGUCCAACACCUCUUCAGCUCCGCAAUGCUACCUGGGAGUCAGAGACCAAGCGCCGGUCAAAGGUCAAUGAUCGUAUCUUGGAAUGGGCAAAGAGGUCGUGGGGUGCCGUCCGAGCUCGCUCCGACUCCAAGGGUGACUACUUCGACAGUCACUCGAGCCAGAGCCCAACCAGUGACAUCAUGUCACCUUCGUCAGAUAACAUCAGCCCGUCAGAGCCAGAUGGUGGUCAGGUCACCCACGAGUACGCCCGAGCUGUCGUUAGUGUCACCGAGAAGUCACGCUCAAAGGCAGGAUCCAAGGGAUGGAUUUCAACUCCCUAA